AUACAGGACCGGAGGACAGCCCGCCUACAACUCAGCAAUUGAAAAAAAUGCUGUCGGAACUUACUGACACCAUUCAGAAGAACAUGGCGACGCAGAUACAAACCCUCACCGCAGAUCUCAGGAAGGAGAUUAUAGAGGUGAGCCAACGUACUGCUCAGAUAGAGAAGAGGAUGGAUGAUUUCGCUGAAGCGCAUAACGGUCUCGCGGACAAGCUGCAUGAAUUGGACACCGUCCUGCACGACCAUGCGGUCAAAAUGGCCGACAUGGAGGACAGAUCAAGACGCAAUAACUUGCGUAUCCGCGGUAUACCAGAGUCAGUGCUCAACCCUGCACUUCCCGACUACCUGUUAGACCUCUUCCAAGCACUGUCACCGGAGACGCACCCGGAUCAGCUUAUCAUCGACCGAGCACAUAGGUUGAGAAGACCGAAACACCUCCCUAACUCCACCGCGAGGGACGUGAUAGUCCGUGUACACUUUUAUCAUGCCAAGGAGAG